CUCACAGAUCUUUUCGAAGCGUUCGACCGGCGCCGGGGACGGUGUGUUCUCUUCGCCACCGCGCGGCGAUUUGUUCGAGCCAUGCUACGUUUGAGCUGGGCCCCAGCGCUGUGCGUGGCGGCCCUGCAGUUCUGGAGCUUGGCCUUGGCUCGAAAAGCGCCCAACAUGAUUUGGAUCAUGGCCGAUGAUCUGGGCUGGGGCGAGGUUGGCCUGUAUCCUGCGGAGUCUCCGCACGGACGCAUCGCCACGCCCAACCUGGACCAGUUCGGACGGGAAGGCGUGCGCUUCCAGCAGGCCUACGCGGGCUACACCGUCUGCGCGCCGAGCCGCACCACGUUCUUCACCGGGCGCCACAGCGGGCACUUCCGCGCGCUGCAGCUGAAUGGUGAGGAGUUGAAGCCUGAGCAGAACUUCACUCUUUUGCCACAGCUCUUCCAACGCGCGGGCUUCCGCACGGGGGCCUUUGGGAAGCUGGCGCCACUCGUGUCGCCGCUGAGACAAGGCUUCGACGUUUUCGUGGGGCAAGUGGAUCAGGCGCUUUGCCACAACAUGUACCCCAAGGAGAUUGACACUGGAGAUGGAACACUGAAUUUCAAGCUCUCCGGGAACAUUCAUUCCCCCAGCCCGACCAGGGAGCGUUGUAUGCAGAGUCCUGACUCUUACAAUUACACCAUCGAUGUCUUUCACAAGGAAGCGAUGUCUUGGAUGCGGCAAGUGGCCCAGACCUCGCAACCCUUCUUCUUGUACUUGAGUUACACUGUGCCACAUGCUGGUGGCUGGGGUGACGCGCCUGCCUCGCCAGAACAAGGAAAUCCGGUGCCCACAGACAUGGGCUACGGACAUCAGCCGUGGCCGGAGGUUGAGAAAGAUCACGCAGCAGUCAUUAGCUAUCUGGAUGACAAGGUGGGCGAUGUCAUGAAGCAGCUGAAAGCAUUAAAGAUUGAUGAGAAGACCAUGGUCUUCUUUGCCUCAGACAAUGGUGCACAUUUGGAGGGAGGUCAUCAAAUCGCCUUCUUCAACUCUACUGGAGGUCUGUCAGGGCACAAGAGGAGCAUGUACGAGGGCGGUGUCCGCUCUCCAACCAUGGUCCGCUGGCCGCAGCAGAUCCGUCCGCGAACCUCGCAGUUUGCGUGGGCCUUCUGGGACAUGGUGCCGACCGUUGCUGAGCUGCUGGGUGUCACUGCGCCCGAGAACGAUGGCAUCAGCAUACUGCCAGAGCUCUACGGACAAGAGCAACAGGAGCAUGACUAUUUGUUCUUCACCUGGAUCGGCGAGGGAAGGUCUGGCGGUCUGGGUCCCGCGAACGGCGACGGUGCCCGAAACGGGCCUGGUUACACGGUGCGAAAGGGCGUCUGGAAAGGCUUGGUGCCCCACUGCCACGACACGAAGAACUGGAGGCCCAGCUGGGCUGAUGAGAUGAAGCUCUUUGAUUUGGAGAGCGAUCCGACUGAGCAGAGGGACUGGGCCAAAGCAAGGCCUGAGCUGGUGGAUGAGCUGAAGCGCCUCGUGAUGGCUGAGGGCUUGAGCUGUAUGUGCUAUCAGUGUGGCUUCUCUGAUGACGUCAUGUCAAGUGUGAUCAUCUAGUAGAGCCCGUUGCAGCCCAAGAAGCCUCGACUGUGACCCCGACCAAGUGCCUUGUGCCGCGUCCCCAAAAGGUGGGCGGAGACUGGUCGGGCUGGAGGGCAAACCACAUGGCUGGAUGUCAGGUUCACUCAUGUGAACCCCAUGGCUGGAUGCCAACCUCCCCAGGGCUCCUCUCCUUCUGGGAAGAGCGCCGCUUUUCACCGCUUUUUUCCUUAGCGG